AUGUUUCACAAAACCGUAGUGAAAACAAUAAGAUCUGAAGUGACUAUAGCUGCACCAAAGAGAAAAAGCACACGAGGGGCCCCGGAAUUAUCACUCCGAGGCAUUCCUCACACUGAUUUGCAUGUAAAUGAAAUUGUUCAAAGGCAAUCACAGAAAAGUGCAAUGUUUGCAGAUGAUACUUGUAGAAGGCCACAGUUCCAGCCUAUGUUCCUUGAAGAAGCCUAUGAACAAUGCAGAAAUAUUUGUGCAGAAUAUGCAAAGACUUUCUACUUAGGAACCUUGCUAAUGACCGAGCCGCGACAGAAAGCUAUAUGGGCUAUAUAUGUUUGGUGUAGGAGAACAGAUGAACUGGUGGAUGGUCCAAAUGCUGUGUAUAUGAGCUCUGCUGUUCUGGAAAGGUGGGAAGAGAGACUACACGACAUAUUUGACGGACGUCCUUUUGACCUUCUUGAUGCAGCCCUCACUGAUACUGUUUACAAGUUCCCCAUAGAUAUCAAGCCUUUUAAGGGUAUGAUUGAGGGGAUGAGAAUGGACACUAGGAAAAAUCGGUACGAGAGUUUCCAAGAACUCUACCUUUACUGCUACUACGUGGCUGGAACUGUUGGCCUAAUGAGUGUUCCAGUAAUGGGGAUUGCACCAGAAUGUCGGGUUUCUACUCACACUAUCUACAAUGCAGCACUUUCCCUGGGCAUUGGAAAUCAACUCACCAACAUUCUUAGAGACGUGGGAGAAGAUGCAUUGAGAGGGAGAGUUUAUCUUCCCCAAGAUGAGCUAGCCCAAUUUGGGCUGUGCGAUGAGGAUGUGUUUUCAAGAAAAGUGACUGAUAAUUGGAGAGAUUUCAUGAGAAAGCAAAUUACAAGGGCGAGGUUCUAUUUCGACCAGGCCGAGGAGGGAGCCACUCAGCUUGACAAGGCUAGCCGUUGGCCGGUGUGGUCAUCUUUGCUGUUGUAUCGCAAUAUCUUGGACGCCAUUGAGGACAAUGAUUAUGAUAACUUGACAAGGAGAGCUUAUGUUGGGAGAGCUAGGAAGCUUCUCACGUUACCUCUAUCAUACAUUAGAGCUCUCCUAGUGCCCAGUUUGGCCUUACACUAGACACCCAAUUUGUAGAUAGACGACCACAGAGAGAAUACAAACAAUGUCUAAAAUGUCAGAAUGAGGCGUUCAUUCUCAAUUAUGAUUAUUGUCAUUCAAACGAGCCUAGAAAAAUUAUGUGUGCUUCGUGAAUCUCUUACGGACUAAUGUAAAUGUCAACCUAAC